AUGGCUCCGGGCCAUAUGAUCCCAAUGGUCGAUAUAGCCAGGCUCUUGGCUCAACGAGGCGUGACCAUAACCAUCGUCACCACUCCUCUUAAUGCCAACCGGUUCAAGAAUGUCAUUAGCCGUGCCGUCCAAUCGGGCCUACCCAUCAGCCUAGUCGAGGUGAAGUUUCCGUAUCAAGAAGUGGGUUUGCCCGAAGGUCUCGAGAAUAUCGACAUGCUGGAUUCAGAGGAGGCGUCAAUGGCGUUUCUAAAAGCGGCUAAUUUGCUUGGAGAACCCGUCGAGAAGCUCCUGGAAGAGAUGAAUCCGCGGCCGAGCUGCGUAAUCGCGGAUGUGUGGUUGCCUUACACCAGCAGCCUUGCCAUAAAGUUCGAGAUUCCCAACAUCGUCUUUCAUGGUAUGUGCAGUUUCGCCCUCCUCUGCACGCAAGUCGGACGUGAAGCCGGGAUCUUCGACACUAUAGAGUCCGAAAAAGAGUAUGUUGUCGUUCCAGAUCUCCCCGACAGGGUCGAAUAUACAAAACGCCAACUUCCCCUGCUCACAUACCCUAUUGGCGAUUGGAAAGAGUUCUUGGAAAAGUUGGUGGAAGCAGAUAACAAGUCAUACGGCGUGAUCGUGAACACGUUCCAAGAGCUCGAACCCGCUUAUUUGAGAGAGUACGGCAAGGCAAGAGCAAGUAAAGUGUGGGCAGUUGGACCCGUUUCCUUAUGCAACAAGCUAGGGUUAGACAAAGCCGAAAGAGGAAACAACGCAGCCAUUGAUCAAGACAAAUGCCUUAAAUGGCUUGAUUCUCGAGAACCGGAUUCUGUACUCUACGUUUGCCUCGGCAGUCUCUACAAUCUCCCAGUGGCUCAGCUCAGAGAGCUCGGUCUAGGCCUCGAAGAAUCCAACAGGCCCUUCGUUUGGGUGAUAAGAGGUGGGGAGAAGUACAGUGAGUUACAAAAAUGGAUUUCGGAAAGCGGGUUCGAAGAAAGAAUCAGAGAAAGAGGGCUUCUUGUCAAAGGAUGGGCACCCCAAGUGCUAAUCCUUUCACACGCAUCAGUCGGAGGGUUCUUGACGCACUGCGGAUGGAACUCGACUCUUGAAGGGAUCACUGCCGGGGUUCCGUUGCUCACAUGGCCCUUAUUCGGAGACCAAUUUUGCAACGAGAAACUGGUCGUUCAGAUUCUUAGAGUAGGCGUGAGAUCCGGGGUGGAACUGCCGAUGCAAUACGGUGAAGAAGAGAAAAUAAAAGUGUUGGUUGACAAAGAUGGGAUAAAAAAUGCAGUAAGUGAGUUAAUGGGUGAUAGUGCUGAAGCAAAAGAGAGAAAAGGAAGAGCCAAAGAACUUGGAGAAUUAGCAAACAAAGCUGUGGGAGAAGGAGGCUCUUCCCAUUGUAACAUCGCACUGCUCAUACAAGACAUCAUGCAACAAGCGCAGUCUAAAAUUUGA